AUGCACAAAGCUCCGACCCGCAGUAAUAAUAACGACAAUUGUUGUGUUUACUGAAACGUAAACUGCGGAGUGGGUGACCCCCUUCAGGGCGGAGCCAGCCGGCCCGGCCUCCGCCGAGCCGGGCGCCGCAGUCCGUGCCGUGCCUCGCGCUCCGAUGCACCUCUGACAUGUGACGGUGCCAUGGAAGACUGUGACCUGAGCCAGUACCGCGACAUGAUCAUCGAGGGCGACCUGCCGCUCGACCUGCGGCCGCCGCCGCGCCUCUACCUGCCGCACUACCUGCGCGACCGCGACGACUACCCGCCCGACGACACCUACGUCUCCGUGGACGAGGACACGCCGGACCUGCCCCCGCCGUCCAGCGACUCGGAGCGCUACGACGCCUCCAGCCCCAGCGACACCAAACCGAGCUCCCCGAAGAAGCCAAAGACAAAGUCAUCGUCCCAGCUGAUCAAACCGCCCUACUCUUACAUCGCUCUAAUAACCAUGGCGAUCCUCCAAUCGCCGCACAAGAAGCUGACGCUUAGCGGUAUUUGCGAGUUCAUCAUGACCAGAUUCCCGUAUUACCGCGAAAAGUUUCCCGCGUGGCAGAACUCUAUCCGGCAUAACUUGAGUCUCAACGAUUGUUUUAUAAAAAUCCCGCGGGAGCCUGGAAAUCCGGGGAAGGGAAACUAUUGGACGUUGGAUCCGUUGGCCGAGGAUAUGUUCGAUAAUGGAAGUUUCCUCCGCCGUCGGAAGAGGUAUAAGCGGCCGGCGCCGUCUCUGCAGCACGCUCACGCGGUCGUGGCGAUGCUCGCGAGGGAAGCCUACGCCCCGUUGUUGCCUUUGCCGUGCUACUUGCCGCCGUCGCCUCUGCUGUCGCUGCCGCGUCCGCCGCCGGCGACUCUGCGGCCGGUUCCGUUGCCGCCGCGUCUUCAUGAAACGACGGACACGCGAAGCAAGAGGUCCCGUAACGGUUUCUCGAUAGAAUCUAUAAUCGGCUCGCAGGAAAGCCAAGUUUCUGAGCCGAGGCGCAGUGCGUUUUCGCCGCUGCAUCAGGGUAUGCCGCCGGACGACUGGGCGAGAUGAACGUUCAUAAACGGGUGCGUUUCUAAUCUUAAUUCAUUUUAGAACGUCCCGACGGACAUUGUUUUGGUGGUUUGCAGAAGUGCGGUGGUUUUUGGUGUGAGGGAGUUAACGCUAGUAGGUAUAUUUUAGGCUGAUUCGAUGGUGUACCUACCUAUUUCAUUUGCAAUGGGAGUUUGUAUAAAUGUAAAUUUUCGCCACGGGUAUAAAUUAUUUUUAGUUAUAUUAUUUUUCAUUUAAUAAUAAUUAUAGUUUGAUGAAAAAAAACAGUCAUAAUUACCUACACUGCGUAUUUUUGCCGUGUUAUUAUUUCCUUAAGAAAGUGAGUCGUAUUUGAAGAUAUACAGCAUGUUUGGAGAGACAAAAUAAAAAUGUAAAAAUAAACUAAAUUCGUCCGUGAAAUAAAUAUAAUUAAGAUAAAGAUAACGUACUAAAAAUUUUUUUUCUUUAUCUAAUGACAAUUUGGUACCAAUAAUUGUUUGGUUAACUUACAUUUUAUUGUGCAUAUUAUUAUAAACGUUUUUAUAUCUGGAUAUAAAAGCAGACA